GCGCGCGCGGCGGAGGCGGAGCGAGGCGCGGAGCCUCCUUCGCCUGGACGCGGCGCGGCGCCUGCUCGCAGCCCACCACGGCGAGGCCGCCAACGGCAUGGCGCCCUCGCGCCGUCGUGGCGAGCGCGCCGAGCGCGGGGCCAAGUGGCUGUGCCGCUUCUGCAAGCAUAAGACCACUGGCCAUGACUGGUGGAACGUCGCGACGGCGGCGAGCUGCGGGAUGUGCGGGCGGGCCAAAGGCAUCUGCUUCAAGGCCGAGGUCGCCCCGAGCGCGCCGUCCGUGCACGUGCCUCCGCGCGGCGGCACGUCCACUCUCAAUCCUUGGAGCAAGGAGGUCCAGGAGCUUGAGAUGCUUCGCAAGAAAGUCGAGCGCCUGGAAGCUGCCCAGGCCCCUCCGCCAGGGCGCCCGGGUGCUGCGGCGCCUGAGUUCGUGGACGUCGAGAUGUCCGGGGAGCCCUCGGAUGACCUCGCGCGGCAGCGCCUCCAGGAGCUGGACAAGGAGCUCGAGGAGGAGCGCGAGCGCCUCCGCGUCAAGCUGCUGGAGUCCAAGCCGAUCCACGCCAGAGUGCGCACGGUUACGGCUCGCCUCGAAGCGGCGGAGACGCAGCUUCUUAAGGCCAAGGAGAGCCUUGGGAAGGAGCGAGAAGGACUGGCGGCCCUCCUCAGGAAGAUCGGGGAGGCUGAGACCGCCAUCCGGCAGCAAGAGCAGAACAUCAAGGACCUCGCGAAGCAGAGGAGUCAGUUGGCCCAGCAAGCAGCUGGCGAACAGGCCUCUCUGCCCAUGGCGGCGGUCGGCCUCGACGCGUCGAAGCUCGGCGAGGUCCUCCAGCGCUGCGGACUUGGAGACCAAGCCAGCACGGUCGCCCAGGCCAUCAUUCAGGACCUGCCCAACAUCGUGUCCAACGCCACGCUGGUCCCCGUGGGCGCGGAGGCGGCGGAGCCAGCGGCAGCCCCAGCGGGCCUGCCAGACUUGCCGCGGGUGCAGGACACGAUCGAGAGCUUGUCCAACGCCGAGUUGCGCACGCUCAUGGCCACGGUGGUGCCAGCGGCCAGCAUCCCAUUGGAGGACGAGGAGCUGCGUGAGACGGCCAGGCACAUGUUCCGCGUGGCCAGCCUGCCGAGGUCGGAGGCCGAGCUGGACGUUCCAGGUCUCGCCGCCGCGGCCGGCCCUGGCCGGCAGCCUAUGCAGCCUCGGGCGGCCGAGGAUUCUGGUCCGGAGGCGGGACCUCCUGGCUACCAGAUGAUUCCCAUCGAGAUCAGCGACGAUGAGGACGCGUGCGUCGUGCUUGCCGAUGGGGAAGCGCAUGAGGCACGCAUGGCCCGCCGCGCGAGGCGCCGCGCUGCCUUUGUCAGCCCGCCGAGGGCGCUGCCAGCGCCACGCGAGCCCGCCGGGGGCGCCGCCGACGCCGCCGCCGGCGCUGCCGCGGCCGCCAAGCCCGCGGCUGUCGGGCGCCCCGCCGAGCCCUGUGCGGGCGCCCCUGGAGACGGCGCCGCGGCCGGCGACCUUCUCGGCGCUGCCGAGGGGCCCCUAAGGUCACCGAGCGCUGGCGCCCUGCCGGGCGCUGGGCCUGGGCCUGGGCGUACUGAGGCGCCCGCCAGGGCAGUCGCAGGGGAAGGACCAGCGAGUGGUGGUCAUGGCGCUGCUCGCGGAGCUCCGCGCGCGGCGCCGCUGGAGCUGGCGCAGCUCCUCCCCCAGCCGCCGGCGGUGCGAAGCGACUCGCUGACGCUACUCACCAUUAACGGGGACACGUGGAGCGGCGCUCGGAGGGUGCUCGAGUGGAACGCCGCGGCCAAGCGACAGUUCGACGUCGUCUUCAUCCAGGAGACCAGGUUCCCCGACGACGAGGCAGCCGGGGCGGCUCGGCAGUGGUGCCUUGGCCAAGGCUGCCAUCUGGCCCUGGGUCCGCCGCUUCGGGUCGGGACGGAGCGCCUGGCGGUCAGCGGGGGCGUCGGCUUGUGCUUCGCGGCCCACGUCGGCGCGUACGCGGGCAUCGACGUUCCCUCGGAGUGGGCGCACCGCAUC